GAACUUCUUCCAAGCACAUAAAGUCAACUUUUUCUGAAUAUUGUCGCUUGUGAAACGCUGAGCGCAUUGUUUAUAUUCUUCCUUUUGUUUGUUUCAUCUUUUGAGCAUUUUUUUUCUGUUCUAUUCGGCUUUAUUCGCGUGAACACCGCUCAUUUCUUGGAUACGCGUUUUUUUUCGUUCCAGUAAUUUCUCUUGUGCUCCAGAACGUGUUUUGUGCCAAUACAUCCUAAAUUGUUAUUCUUUUUCUUCCAUUUACACUCAAUUCUGCCGUUAAAGGUGGAAUACACUCAAAAAAGAUUUACGCGACAUUUUUGAGAUCUCUACCAUGUUGAGAAACUCACUUAAACAAACAUUUCAUAUUCUAAAAUCAUGUACAAAAACUCGUCUUUGCACUCAAAAUAGUGUUUUAAGGCGGUCGUUUGCUUCGAUUCCAAGUCAAACGCGUUCUAAAGUAUCAAAUCGCCUGCACAAGAAACUUGCGAAUACAUGGGGAAUACCAUAUGUUCGUUCCUUUCGUUCUUCUGCGCCAAGGUUGGAUCCUAUGAAAGAUCCAUACGCUACAUUAGGCGUCGAUAAAAAUGCAUCGAAUUCCGACAUCAAAAAAGCCUACUACAAGUUGGCAAAACAAUAUCACCCGGACGCAAAUCCAGACAAAAAGGCACAGGAAAAGUUUGUUGAAAUCAAGCAAGCAUAUGAAAUUUUGAGUGAUCCCCAGAAAAAGCAAGCUUUUGAUUCCUACGGACCAAGUUCUUUUAGCAACGGUGAAUUUAACGGCAGUGCCCGCGACUAUGAGCAAGAGUUUCGUGCUGCAUCUAACGGUUUUGGAGGCUUUGGCGGUUUUGGCGGUUUCAAUUUUGAAGACCUGUUUUCUGGAUUUACUGGGUCUGCUCGACAAUCUCGGAGAAGCAGUGCAUUCGAGGUGUUUGUGGGCGAAGAUAUCGAUACCAGCGUAACGAUUGACUUUCUUGAGGCCGCAAAGGGCACUCGCAAAAACGUUACAAUUCGUCCCUUGACGACUUGCUCUACAUGUCAUGGGACCGGCCUUAAAACGGGAACUAGCCGUCAAACAUGUUCAACGUGUAACGGUACAGGUCACCGAGUUCAUGUCAUGCAGGGAGGUUUUCAAAUGGCAACUGCUUGCCAAGCAUGUGGCGGUGUAGGCACUGUCAUUCCACCCUCUGGAUCCUGCCGUACUUGCGGAGGAGAAGGUGUUAUUCGAGAACGCAAGGUGGUUGCUGUUGACAUUCCUGCUGGUAUACAAGAUGGUAUGCAUUUGCGUAUCCAGGGACAAGGCGACGCGGCUUCUACAGCAAAUGCUGCUCCCAACGCGCGCUCGCGUCCCGGUGACCUGUUCGUUACCGUUCGUAUUCGCAAGCAUGAGCUUUUCCGCCGUGACGGUGCGAAUGUCUACUACCAAGCAAAGAUCCCCAUGACUACUGCCAUCCUUGGCGGUACUAUCACCGUCCCUACAUUGGAUGGCGAGGUUGAGUUACGUGUUCCUCCAAGCACAAAUACGGGCGAACACAUUACCAUGUCAGGAAAGGGCAUGCCCAAAUUAACGGCAACCGGUCGCAGCGGCUAUAAGGGUGAUUUCCUCGUCGAGUUCCAAGUUUCGAUGCCAAAGUCGCUGACUCCUGAACAACGACACCUUAUGGAAAUGCUUGCGGACUCCUUGCACGAUACGACUGCACGACGAACCGGUAUCACAGGAAACGACAGCAAGCCUUCGACUUCUACAGAUACCAAUGAAAAUAACCAAAAUGGCUCUGUCGGCGGUUUCUUCAAAAGAGCGUUCCGUCGCUUACAUCCCGAAGAGGAUACUAAAAACAAAACAGACAAAACGGACAAGACGGACAAAGCGGAUAAAACCGAUGAAAAAAAAUAAUAAUUAAAGGGAAUAGUGAAGGUAAUCUGUUUACAAAGCAUAUGUGUUAUCCACUAACACUGAUGAUUUAUGUUUUUUCGUGCAUACGGCCCUUGUUGCUGUAGUCUUUUAUUUAGAAGACUGUCAUUGUCUAACGUAGAAGAAAGAAUGAUUUUAAAACAUCUGACGAGUAGAUUAUUCGUAACAAUGCCAUGCGUUCCCAGCACGAACAGCUAGCGGUAGAUAGAAGACCAUGAAUUCGACUCCAAACAGUGCCACGGCAAGCAAUAUAAUUGAUGCAGAGCUAAGUCAUAAUUCGACCAGUACACUUUGUACCCCC